UUCACAUAAUCCUCUCACCUCUCUCGCUCGAUAAUGGAGUCUCUUCUGGCAGCCUAUUCUUCUUCUUCAGACGACGAAGAACAACCACCCCGCCACCAACAACGAAAUUCCUCAUCCUACACAUCACAAUCUCAAAACCUAACAAGACCCACAUCUUCAAAUCUCUCAGAACCCCCAAAAACUUCAUCCUUAUUCUCAUCUCUACCAAAACCCAAAUCCUCAUCGAUCUCUUCUCUUCCACCACCUAAAAACUCAUCAAAAAUCCCUCAAAAACCCAAAAAAGUUGUUCAAGUUAAACUCCCAUUAAACCCAUCUUUACCUUUAGAUGAUGAUUCUGAUGAUGAAGAGAAAAAACCUAAAAAGAAACCAGAAACUGAAACUACUUCUUCUUUGCAAUCAUUCUUUUCUAGUCUUCCUGCUCCUAAAAAUUCUCUAGGGUUGGGUUCUGGUCAGUCUUUAGGUGGUGCUAGUGGUAGAAGAUCGACUAUUGAUACAAGUGUAGGUCAAUCUGAAUCAGUUUCGAAGGUUGAGAAGAACGAAAUUAGGGCUGAACAGAAUGAGAUCAGGGGGUUUGAACAGAACUAUGGGGAGGUGAAUUUGGUUAAUGGGGCAUCCAACUUAGUAUCCGGGGAUGAUUCUAGUUCGAAUUGGUAUCAGAAUAAUGAGGGUUAUGAAAAUUAUCAGAGUUAUGGUAAUUAUGAGGGAAAUUAUGUGGGGAACAAUGUGAAUUCUGAAAGUAGUUAUGGGCAUUAUGAUGAAGCAGCUACAAUGGCGCCAAUGCCAAUGCCAGUUGCUCCGGGGCAAGAGAUACCGGAUGUUUUUAGAAAUAUGGGACGGGGGAAGAGAGGGAGGAAUGAGAUGCCUGAGAUAAUUGAGGUGAAGCAGGAUGAUUUAACGAAGAAUAGACCGAGGGAGGAACAAACUAAAACCACUGGGAUCGCUUUUGGACCAGCUUAUCAGACUGUUUCAAGUAAGGGGAAGCCUUCUAAGCUGCACAAGAGGAAACAUCAGAUUGGGGCAUUAUACUUUGACAUGAAACAGAAUGAGAUGGCCCUCUCAGAGCGACGUUCAAAGGGUUUUCUUACAAAAGCAGAAACACAGGCCAAAUAUGGUUGGUGAGUUUAGAAUUGUGAUGAUAAUCCCCACUGUAAUGCUUUUAAAUUACUAGGAGAAAAAGAAAAAAAAAUUCAACCUUCACUUUUAUUGCCUGUAACUGCUUUGUUAGAAAAAAAAAUAGUUCUUGCUUGUAAUAGCUUACAGUUUAUAAGAGAUUGAUGUUUUUGUAACCCAUGCUCUCAGUCUUCACCAUAUAAUGGAAUGGAGCUCUUAUAUUUGAA